CUGUGUACAGAGAGUCAACAACGUCCCGCAGUCUGGGCUCCUCCGGGCAUGCUGGGAGUUGUAGUUGUGCAACAGCUGAAGAGACACAGGUUGGGGAUCACUGUUCUAGAGAAACAUAUGGCCGUAAUCGAAGAUAUUGCUAAACUGGAGAAGAAGAAGGAAGAAGCGGAGUCGAUUGCUCAGAAGUUUCAAGUCAGAGCAGAAAAAGAAGAGAGAAAACUGAAGGAGAGUGCAGAGGAUCUGCGGGAUCAGGAUCAGAAGUUUCAGAAAGAUGUUAGCAGCAUUUGGGAGCAAAACCACCAGCUGAAGGUAGAAAAACAACAUUUGGAGGAUAAGGUCGUCCAACUCGAACAGGAAAGACAGAAACUGGAGGCGAUUUGUUCUUCAGGAGCGGAGAGAAAAAUGGUCUUUAAAGGGAAAGUUAGCAGCAACGUUUCCGGAUGUGGGAUUAAUGUCAAACAUCAGAUGAGAUAUUCUGUCCGAGGAGGAACGGCACUGAUCGUCUUCGAAGAGCCGACGGUUGCUGAACGAUUAAUAAAGAAGAAGCAUCACAAGGUGGCGAUAGAAGAUUGUUACAUCAACGUGAAGGCCGAGCCUAUAGAACUGACCGUCCUGGACGCCCUCAAUGUGGAUAUGAACCGGAGCCUCCUGAACAUCCUGGUGACCGAUCUCCCAGCUGGUGUACCUGAAGCCACUCUUUUGGACAAGCUUGAGCUGUUUUUCAGCAAAACAAAGAAUGGCGGUAGUGAAGUGGAGAAUACAGAGUACCUCGAGGACUCCAGGAGCGCCAUUGUGACAUUUAUACAGGAAGGAGUUGCGCCAAAGCUGGUGGAUAAAAAGCGGUUUGAUGUUCCCUUCAGUAAACAAGAAACUCACCAAGUCUGUGUGUCUCCAUCUGUAGAGGGCAACAUUACAGGAUACCAGAUGAAGAAUUUGAGGUGCAACCGGACGGUCCUGAUCACAGGGAUCCCCGACAUCAAGGACGAAGAGACCAUGAAUGACCUUUUGGAGAUCCACUUCCAAAAAGAGUCGAACGCCGGAGGGGAGGUCCAGAAACUGUUCUACUGCCCAGAAGGGAAGAACGCUGUUGUUUUGUUUGAAGACGAUAAAGACGGUGGCGACGACCCGCAAGGCGAGUGAUCUGCAGAUGACGAAAAUACAUAUCGGGAUCCUGCAAUAUCUCAAGAUCAGGAUUGAUGAAGUUAUACUUGGCCUUAAUCUUCCUAUAGAACUGUAACGCAAAAUGCGUUGUAUCUGCAUGGGGUGUAUUAUAGUAAAGCAUUGGGGGAGGGGGAACCAAAAGGUGGCGGAUCCACUUAUGUGUGCACCAGAUAACAAUACAGUCUAUUUCUUUUCCUGAAAACAACCUAGGUGUGUGUAGUUGAUAUACCGGGCGUGCCCAACGACACCCGCCUGCCGCACACACCGGCAGUGCAGCCCCAGGACAGCUCAUUUAUAUGCAUGCACGCCCACAUGAAGUUCAUUUUUUCAACUGGUGCCAGAAAGUUCUACAGAUUUGUAAAUUACUUCUAUUAAAAAAUCUUUAUCCUUCCAGUACUUAUUAGUGGCUGUAUAUUACAGAGAAAGUUCUUUUGUUUUUAGAUUGCUUUUUUUUUUCUGUCCACAGUGCUCUCUGCUGACACCUCUGUCUGUAUCAGGAACUUUGAAGCUCUCUGCUUGUAAGGAAAAUAGACAUAACAAAUAAAUUAUAUAUUGAUUCACGUUUACAA